UGUCAACUGCCAAUGUCUCAUUGAUUUUUUGACAAUUAUGUACGAAUCGUAAUUCAUUUUCAGAUAUUAUUUCGUAAUUUACGUUUCCUUAUACCGGCUUUAAGGAAUAAUACAACCUUAUUUCUCCACAAACAAGGGAAAUUAGUAAGAUUUCAUCAUCAUGGAGGACGUUUUAGAUGAAGUUGUGUCGUCUGAGGAUUUGCAAAAAUUCGAGCAAAUAUUUCACGAGCAAUUGCAUAAAGGUAACGUGACUCAUAAAGCGCAAUUCGAAUACGCCUGGUGUCUUGUACGAAGUAAAUACCCAACAGACAUUCGUAAGGGCAUCUUGCUCCUUAAGGAGCUGUUUAACUCCCAUCCAGAUGGGAAGAGAGACUACCUUUUCUACCUUGCCAUAGGCAAUGCUAGGAUCAAGGAGUACAACAAAGCUCUGCACUAUGUAAAGGCAUUCCUUGAGAUUGAACCUGCUAACCAGCAAGUUCUGACUUUGGAGAGACAAAUCAACAAGAGAAUGGAGAAGGAAGGUUUGUUAGGCAUGGCGGUGGCAGGCGGUGCUGUGCUGGCUAUCGGCGGGCUGGUGGGACUCGGCAUUGCGCUUGCUUCUAGCAAGAAAUAGCAUUUAGCUUUACUAAUGAAUGCUAUUAUAGGUGUUCAUACCUUUUUUAAGAAGAAGAAGAUAAAAAGAGAAUAAGAAGAUAAAGGCAAAGUCUAUCACAAAAAAAUAUUAAAAUUUUCACAAUAUAAAUAUUAAAACUUUUUGUAUAAAUGUCAAUGCUUAGUGAUAAAUAUUUUCUAUAUCUUGCCACUUUUCUAGAUUUGGUAGAAAUUGGUAGAUUUGAUAUUAUCAGUCGCAUAAUUUUGCUAAUAUCUUUUUUUUAAUUUUCAGAGAAUAUUCUAUAAAAAAGUAACAUCUCUAAGACAUAGUGAUUUAUGAUUAAUUUUAUUUUAAAAGACAAACAAAAUGUCACUAUUGAUGGUUUAGAUUUCUUGCUAUUAUAAUAACAAAAUAAAUAACCAAAUCAAUACAGUUUAGACUGAUUAAUUUAUAGUUGCUAGUUACAAAAAAAAACUAUGAUAUAUAGAUGCAGGGCUUUGAAAACUUAUAUUUGCAUAAUUUGUUAUGUUACAUCAUAAUUCUUGUUUUUGUUGUUAUAUAGAUGGCAACAUUAAUGUAUAUAUAAAUUAAAUGUGUAAAAAUUAAACAUGGCAACACUUGUACUACUUGAGCUUCAAUAACAGUAUGCAAACUUAAAUAGUAAAAGUUUAAAAUCUUAAAUAUAUAUCCACGAUAUAA